AUGAGUGUCGACGUCGAUGACAUGACAGAUGAGGAUUUCCUCCGAGCGAUGGAGGACCUCCCUCUCAAUGACAAAACGGAAAUUGGAGAACUGUUAAAAGCGAUGAAUGAGAACCACAUGAUCACCUGGGAAGAGGCAGAACGGAUCAUGGCAGAUGCUAACGAUGAACCUAUAAAAUGCUCCCUCGUCGAACAGACCCGACCCACCGAACCAGACAAUGAGACAAAUGUUGAUAAAUGCAUUCAACAGCUCCAAUCAAACGACCCCGACUUGACACAGAUUAAUUUGAAUAAUAUGAAAAGAACACCAGUGCCCCAGUUGAGACGAUUGAUCGAGGCGAUGGCUUACAAUGAGCAUCUAGAAAAACUGAGCCUUGCAAAUAUGGGCCUCUAUGAUCAUGACGUUGCGAUUCUAAUCGAAGCCAUUCGCCUUAACCAACACCUCAAGCAUAUCAACUUGGAGACGAACUAUUUGAGUGGAGAAUUUUUCAGUGGCCUUUUCGAAGCGGCUCUUGAAAACGAGUCGAUAGAGGAAAUCAAGGCUGUCAACCAGGGUGUCAGCUUUUCCACCGAAGCCGAGAAGAACAUAAUCAAGGCGAUCCAGAAGAAUCACGGGCUAUGCAAGGUGUCACUCACAUUGCGGUUACCCGAGGGACGCCAUAAAAUCGAGCAAACAACACUGCGAAACGGCGAGAUUCGGCGGAUCCUUCGACGGAAACAGCGUGAAGAAGAAGAGGCAAAGCGAAAGGCUGAGCAAGGAACAAUGCCCUCCAAGGGCACAGAACCCAAAAUUGGGGUCCAGGCGAUGAAGCUAACGCCAAAGCCUAGCGGCACGGCACCAAUGAUCCUUGCUGAGACGUCGAAGCCUAAGCCCAAGCCCGUCGACAAGUUCAACAAGUUCAUGGAGCGAGCCCGGCCCGAAAUGGAAUUCGAUACCGAACCUGUCUAUGCCACCCCGAAAACCGAUCCAACUGUCAUCAAGAAGACAGAAUCGGUUCGAAAACCUGAACCUAAGCCGGAAGUUAAGCCGGAACCGAAGAAACUAGAUCCGUUCAAGCCACAAGGACAAGAGAAGAAAGGAGAAAUUAAGAUGGUCGUCGCAAAGAAAAAGCAAGCUGUUUCCCAGGCUCAGGAAACUCGAGCAGCUUUGCCACGGCCAGAAGUUACUCCGGAAACCAAGGGAACGGCACCAAUGAUCCUAGCUGAAGAACCGGAACCUUCGAAAUCUGACCAACAUGUUUGCGAUAUCCUGGAAGUACAUCCGUCUGAACGAAAAGCCUUGCAACUCCCUGAACAAGAACAAGAUCAAACGAUUCAAGGAUUGAAAGCCGAGAAAAAGCCAAAAAAGAAGCAUACGACUGAUAUUCUUGAACUCCCGGAAGUACACCGCAAAAAGGAGCUGAAAUUGACGGAAGUGGACCAAGAAGCCAAAGUUCAGACAAAGGAAUUGCCCUUGAGCCCAGAGCCGAUCAAAAAAGCAACGGCAGAAAAGCUUGAACCUACCCCUACAACUCCUAAAGCCGAGAAAAAGCUGAAGAAGAAGACCCCGGAACCGGUUGUUAGAAUUCAGACCGAUUCCCCGGUGUCGGUAGCUUCUACCACAGAAGCUUCAAGCUCUUCGGCUCCAAAAACCAAAGCAGGUGUCGAGAAGAAGGAGAACGGUAAAUUGGUUGCAGGUCCGAAGAAGGCCAAAGUCGACGAAGCUAAAAAAGAUGCUUCGCCGGUCCGACCCUCCUGGCGAAGGGAGAAGAAAGCUGACGCGCCAAAACCUGAGGUGUCAAACGUUGAAGCCGCACAACCGGAAGUACCAAAGGCGGCUGAACCGAGUUCCAAAACCGAAGAGGUUGCACAAGAGGUCGACGCGAAGCUUGAGAUUCAAAAGGUCGAGGACUCUGGUGUUGAACCUAAGCCGGAAGUAUCUGAAGUGGCGCCAGUAGUCGAACAACAAGAAGACCACAAAGUUGAAGCCCCGAGCGAAAAUGGCGAUUUGAAAGUGGAAGACCCAAAAGAAGCACGUGAAGCCUCACCAAUCGUUCCGAAGAAAAUGUAUACGGUAGAGCAGGCUUCGAUCUCAUCAAGUGUUCGAGAGCCACAAAAUGGGGUCCCCUGGCGAAGUCGAGGUGCUUUGAGCCCGACAAAGCCGAAGAAGUCUCCGUCACCGGGCCUCUACACGUAUGAAAUGAAGGAAAACAAGCCUAAACCCGCCGCAUCCGGCUCCUCCUCAUGGCGUCGACCGUUCAUUGGUGUCAUGCGUAGGGACGUUUCGAAGGAGGAAAAAAGUGAUGAAGAGGAGGAGGAUGAGAAGAAGGAGACCGAGAAAGCCGAGGCGCCCGCGAUUGGCCAUCAUGUGGAGCGAGGGGUCAAGGAGGAUGAGGAAGAGGUCGAAGAACUAGAAGAGUCCGAAUAUGAAGAAGAAGAAGAGGAGGACGAAGAAGAA